AUGGUAAGAAAUCUGGAAGAAGAACGGAAUUUGAGACUUUAUUUACGCGAUCGAGAGAUUCUUCCAGGUGACGAGAUGGUUGACGGGAUCAUGCAGGGGAUAAUGGAAAGCUGGAAAACUGUGUUUGUGUUAACAAAGAACGUUGAUGAAGACCAGUGGAUGACAUUUGCAGUGAAAGCUGGCGUCUAUAAUAUAACCGAUCUAAGAACUGACCGUGUACUGGUGCUGGUGCACAGUGAGUAUGAUCAACAGAUUCCUGAUCCCAUUUUACGCGUUAUUGAUGAAGACUGCAUAUUCAGGUAUUCACCACAAACUACUGACCGUGAUCCGGUCUGGAAUGACUUGCACAAUGCAAUUAUCGGCCAUGAAUACUAA